UUUGAGUCAGGAUUGUAACAAUUUAGCGAUAAUUGAAAGCGUGCCACUGAGGCGACUUUCACUACCGCUGUCAGCGCGUUCAAUCCACAGCUUCAGGUUUCCUUCUGAAAGCAACACAUUAAGCAAGAACUCCUGUAUAAAUGUACUAGAUUUACUUCACUAUGGGUUCUUUCCUCAAGCAAAUAUAGAAUGUCUAACGAAGGAACUGUUGCCCUCAACAACUACUUGCAAGCGACGAACCAGCUGACUUCUCUAAGCUGGCAAGACUCCACAAGUGGGCCAAAAAAUGCACCUCAAUGGACAUCUACUUGUAAAAUCGCUGGACAAGUUUAUGGCAUCGGCACAGGCACCCAUAAACAUAUCGCUAGGAACAUGGCUUCCACCAUUGCUUUGAAUUCUCUUAGACAAUCAAGUAGCCAAGACUGCCUGUUUUUGUGACUUCUCUGCUGUUUAUUUCCAUGUAGCCUUUGCCUCUUUACCGGAUGGGAGUCAGAUGGCGUGAUUGAGUUAGCUGAAAUAUGCAAUGUUCAUGCACGUCUGCGAUGGUCCCUUUCUUAUUGACGGUCGGGUAGCCGGCCCGGAUAGAGGGAAGUCCCUGAGCGACUUGGAAGGUGCACUACGGAAGGCGCCUAUCAAGGCUUCAGAUAUUCAGACCUGAGGCUUGAUGUUGACAAUACUUGGACCCUACGACUUGCCACGGCGCCUUCCCGUUGACAAGCUCUAUUCUCGUCAGAUCGUGAUUAUCGGGUCGAACUUUUUUCAAAGGAGCGUCGUUCCACCUUGAUCACCGAACAACUGAUUUCGCCGUCCUCGGCGACCAAACGUACUUGCGUAAAUGGAGCAAAUGCAACCUUCAAAAUACCUGCCACCGAUACCCACCGAGGAGGUAUCAUUUGUUAUAGAAAAUGAUAUCUUGGGAGUACACACGUGUACAAAGACAGGCAGACCAUGGUAUUUGUAAUGACUUUAUGGCUCUGUGCUAUCAUGAUUAUCGCCGGCCUGAUGUCCUUCCUCUCCACAUUUUGAGUCCCGCUAAUAUCCUCUGCCUUAUUAGAUUGUGCAACACCGGUGGCUGCGGGCGCAAGGGGGUCUGUGAGGGGAUCAUAGUGUCUAACUUUACGUCCUUAAUAAAACUCAGCCCCCCCC